CGGCGGACGUCCUACGCCUCAUGCCGGCCUGGCCUUCUUGCGCGACAGGAGCACCGGACGGCCUUUUCAGAGAGGCCAGCAGACACAUCGAGGCGCACGCUUUGGAGUCGGGCGCCGCGAGAAGCUUUGAUGGUGAUUGUAGACGUCUCGGUGGCAGACCCACAGCGGGAGGGGAAUGCGCAGUUCAGGCGGAUGGCACCCACUCAGAUUGGCGGCGCAGCAGCUAGGCGGGUGCAGGAUAAGCUGCGACACUGGA